GUGCCCCGCCGGGGGGCAGGGGGCGCUGCCGCGCCGCCGCCGCCGCCGUCGCGCGGGGACGGGCAUGGCGGAGGGGAUCGGCGCCCCGUCGCAUUUCGGCCGCCCGGCGCCGCCGCCGCAGACGGGCUGGGAGCGGCUCCGCGAGCUCUGGCAGCGCGACGACCGGCAGCAGUUCCCGGAAGAAACGGUGAAUAUCAUCAAGUCGGCGUUUUCGGGGGGCGUCAUUGGCUGGGUGUACGGCGGACUGCCCGCCUUUCGCCACGCUAGGAAGGAGUUCAUCGCGCGCAGCCACGGCGAGCUCUUCCAGAACCGCGCCGACGCCGUGCAAUCAGCUCACCGUGCCGGUCUCAGGAGCUUCAUCCGCUACGGCUGGCGCUGGAGUUGGAGAGUAGCUGCUUUUGUGGCAAUAUUUAACACAGUGAGCACUGGUCUGUCUGUGUACCGCAAUAAAACCACCAUCAGUAAUUUUGCUGCAGCUGGAGCCUUCACAGGAGCCCUCUUCAGAAUGCACUUGGGCCUGCAUGGACUGGCAGGCGGCAGCGUGUUUGGAAUAGUGUUUGGAAUCCCUGCAGGGGGCCUCUUAAUGGUGAUGCAGAAGCUUGCUGGUGAGACCUUGCAGGAGAAGAGGAAUCGUGAGCGGAGGGAGCUGUAUGAACAGGAAUUAGCAGAAUGGCAAUCCAGGCUGGGUGUAACUGAAGUCUUGGGCCAAAAAGAAAGCAGUGCUCAGGGAGGAUCACAGAGAGAGAUAGCAAGAGAAUCCAGGAGUUGCUAAAUCUUCCCCAGAUCUCUCUCGCAAGCAGCUGUGAAGUAUUUUGAUUCUGCCCAUUAAAAACUCUUCAAUCAAGGGGUCAAGGAGGUAUUCUGUGAACCAGGGUAUAUGCUUUACACUUCUGAAAGAGCAAUUUGAUGAAAACAUUGUUCAUGGAUGUGUUUCACGGCACAGGAGCUUAUAAGGGGCCAACCUGUUCCACUUGAGAAGGUAGAAGUGCAUGCUCUGCAGAAUAGCAAGUGUUAGCUAGGUUUGGUUGGGGGUGAGAGUAGCUCCAGAAUCUCUGGCAGAACCCAUUUCACUUCUGAAAAUGUCCAAGCACCUGUAAUGUAGAAAUAGUCAAGGGAAAGGAGCUUAUUAAUAGUAUGCCUGCUAAAGAUACCCUGGUUUUAAAGGUAAUUUCAUUCUGGUGAAAGCUACUCUUUAGAUGGCAGCUGGAGACCUUGUUGUCCAAGCAUGACACAGGCAGCAUGACACAGGCAGCACUAGCACUAGUGCUUUCUCUCCCCCUGCCAUCCCCCUUCUGCAGUUUGACUUGCCUGGGUGGGACCAGCUCUGUUUUGCUGAUUGUGGUUUCUUCAGGCUUUUUUGCAGAAAAACACACUUGGUUCCUAGGGUAUUUUGCAAUCAAUGUUGAGGAAGGGUGGAGAAGCUGGGAAUGAUAUGGAAAUACCCUGAAAAAGACAUGUUUUGGCUUCCUUUGUAGAAGGGUGGCUGAAGAGACCGCAGCAAGGAUGACUGUUUCUGGUGGUGAUGUUGGAAGGACUGAUACUGUGGCAGUUUUAGUAACAAUAAAAAGUCCUCUAAUUUCAUUUGAAGGUGAGAGAUUAGGGGAUUAUCUCUGGGGGAAAUGUCGUUCAAGACACUGAAUAAAGCUAUCUCGCAGCA